CAGUCACUGUGCCUCAAGACUGUUGCCUCUGGCAGCCAACGCAUCUCGACACCAUCAGCACCCACUGCCACCACCCUCCGCACCGUGCCUGUUUGCCACCGCUGGCCACCGUCUUCCACUGAUCCUCGUCUGUGAUGGCGAAGACUUCCGCUGCAAGCGCCUGGGCGCUGCUCAUCAUGCUGGGCAUCCUCCUUGGUGCCGUUGCUGGUGCACCCCAGCCCUGGCGCUGUGCGCCCUGCUCUGAAGAAAAGCUGGCACUCUGUCCGCCAGUGCCGGCCUCUUGCCUGGAGGUCGCCGCACCAGCUGGCUGUGGUUGCUGCCAGACGUGCGCCCUGCAGCUUGGAGCUGCAUGUGGCGUGAGAACGGCUCGAUGUGGCAGUGGGUUGAGCUGCCGAGCACUACCUGGGGAGCCACGUCCCCUCCAUGCCCUGACCCGUGGGCAGGGUGCCUGCAUGCCUGUACCAGAUGACAGCAAAACUGACCUCAGUGCAGAGGCCACAGACUUGAAGGCCUCCUCAGCCCCAGAGACUGUGCCACCCGAGAGUACUGAGAUGACCCAAGAGCAGCUCCUGGACAGUUUCCAUCUGAUGGCCCCUUCUGGGGAGGACAGGUCCAUCCUCUGGAAUGCCAUCAGCACUUACGGAAACCUCAGAGCUCACGAGACUGAGGACACCAGGAAAUGGAAGAAGCCAUGCCAACGAGAACUCUACAAAGUAUUGGAUAGAUUGGCCAAAGCCCAACAGAAGGACGGAGAAGCAAUCUACAAGUUUUAUCUGCCAAACUGCAACAAGAAUGGAUUUUAUCACAGCAAACAGUGUGAGACAUCCUUGGAGGGCGAGGCUGGACUCUGCUGGUGUGUGUACCCCUGGAGUGGAAAGAAGGUUCCAGGGACCCUGGAGGUCAGGGGAGACCCCCAAUGCCACCAAUACUUUAAUAUACAAAGCUGAACACAAAUGCAGUAUAAUAUGUAAUUUCACAUGAAAUAUUUAAGUAUAUAUAUAUAUAUAGUAUAUUUAUAGUCUAGAACACACACACCUGUCUAUGUAUGUAUAUGGAUGACUUUUUAUACUCCACAUAUUACUUGGUAUAUAAAGUUGUUAGUUUAUUUAUUCACUGUAAGUUUAUUUUUUUCUACACAGAAUCGUGAUAUCUUAAUUUAUAUAUCAUGAAAUGUUUCACCAUAUUAUAUUAAAAUACUUGCAGCUUACAUCUUCUGAAGGUCAUGCUUCUGUGUGUUUUUUUAAAUAGGGAAAUAAAUCUGUAAAAUACAAAAUAAAACACUGAUUUUUGAAAUGGA